AUGGCCAUAGUGUUGGCGAUUCUCAAAUGGCGGCCAUACUUGUUGGGUCGGAGGUUUUUGGUACGCACCGACCAACAAAGCUUGAAAUUCCUUUUGGAACAACGUUUGGUGUCUCCGGAACACCAAAAGUGGUUGGUGAAGUUACUGGAGUUUGAUUUUGAGAUACAAUACCGUCCGGGCAUUGCUAACAAGGCUGCUGAUGCUUUGUCGCGAGUUCUUCCCGCAACUUGUGUCAUCCUUACUACAUCCUCUUGGCUUGAUUGGAAUGUGGUCCAUCAAGAAGUGCUAGCCGACCCCUUCUUGGCUAAGAUUUGUGCUGAUUUGGAGCAACACAAGGAGGUUUCCGGGUUCUCCUUUGACCAUGGCCAGCUGAGGUACAAGGGCCGAGUAGUGCUUGUUGCCACCUCUUCUCUUUUACCUCAGUUUUUGAAGGAAUAUCAUGAGACUCCCAUCGGGGGACAUUCCGGGGAAUCCCGCACUUACCAACGCCUUCGGGCUGAUGUGUUUUGGACGGGGAUGAAGCAGCAAGUUGUUGACUUUGUUCGUCGUUGUGAGGUGUGUCAACGCAACAAGUCUAUGGCGAUGUCUCCAGCCGUUUUGUUGCAACCGUUACCCUUACCCGCCCAGGUGUGGGAUGAUAUCACCAUGGAUUUAAUUGAGGGCUUGCCUCGUUCCGAAGGGGUGGAUACUAUACUGGUCGUGGUUGAUCGUUUGAGCAAGUAUAGUCACUUCAUUACUCUCUGCCAUCCAUUUACUGCCAAAACAGUGGCGGAAGCAUUCAUUGACAAUGUUGUCAAGCUCCAUGGUAUUCCCUGCUCUAUUGUCUCGGAUCGAGAUCGUGUUUUCCUUAGUCACUUCUGGGCUGAACUGUUCAAGCAGCAAGGCACGAUUUUGAAGCAUAGUACGGCCUACCAUCCCCAAACCGAUGGUCAAACGGAGGUAGUUAACCGCUGCCUUGAGACCUACUUGCGUUGUUUUGCUUCGGAGAAACCUCGGGUGUGGGCCAAGUGGUUGUCUUGGGCGAAAUAUUGGUAUAAUACCAGUUUUCAUUCGUCUUUGGGGUGUACACCUUUUAAGGUGCUUUAUGGCCGCGACCCUCCCCCUUUAAUGCGUUAUCCUUCAGGCGGGUCGGCGGUCUUGACCGUGGACCAAAUGUUGGAAGAUAGGGAUUCCUUCCUUGAUGAUCUCAAAAUGCAUCUCCUUCGUGCUCAACACCGCAUGAAGACCACGGCUGAUUCCCACCGUCGUGAGGUCCAUUUUGCGGUUGGUGACUUGGUGUUUGUCAAACUCCGUCCCUACCGACAGAAAACGUUGGCUGUCCGUCGUAAUGAGAAGUUGGCAGCCCGCUACUAUGGGCCAUUUCGAGUCUUGAGCCGCGUUGGUGAAGUAGCCUACAAGCUUGACCUUCCUCCUAGCAAGUGCAAUGCAGACACCCCGUCUUUCAUGUUUCUCAGCUCCGAGCCGUCAUUGGGGCAGCCUCCUCUUCUUCCACCUUUCCUCCCCAACUUACUCCGGAGUUGGAACUGCAAGUGGAGCCCGAGGAAGUACUGA